AUGGAGGAACCGGAUGACUGCAAAGAAACAUUUCAGCCACCCCAAGAUGCCUGCUUCGAGGAAGUCACUGCUGUAUUCCCCGACAUUUGCCUUAACUACCUCCAGCCGAUCGCGAAGGAACUGGAUUUUAUUGCUCAAGAUGUCAUCAACCAUAUCCUCGACCUCGAGGAUUCGGGUCAAACAUAUACGAAACGGCCGAAGCAGACCAGCAAAAAGAGGAAGCGAGAAGCGGAUGACCAAAAUGAUGAACAGAAGAACAAAGUGCUAGAGGCGAAGCGCAGGUACAUCGACCCUCACCGGCCAGCUCUGCCCAAGAACAGCCCCCAAACGAACGUCAUGAAACAGAUGAUUGCAGGAGAUUUCCCACUGGUACCUAUAAGAACCAUCCAACAACUACUUGCGGAAAACAACUAUCAUCUCUUCCCAACGUUCACUGCCGUCGACAACGCUACAACCAGGGUAGAUAGAGCCUCACUUUCGUGGAAAUACAAAAAGACGCCUUCAGUUCAACCAGGCAAAUACAAAGCCGAAAAUAUCGAUGCAUCAAUCGAGUCCUAUUCUAUCGACUGGGAGAAAGAGUUGAUGAAGGAGCUGCAGGCUGCAAGACUGGUCCGAUCUGACGCCGCCGAGAAAGAUCGAGUGAAAACUUUGGCCGAAGAGACCGAGCGACGCAACUUCGAAGCAGCAGAAGCUAGAGGUGAACUUGUCGAGUGUGGGUGUUGUUUCGCUGACGUUGCACCAAAUAGACUUGUCUAUUGCAACGGAGAUGUUAUUCAUUCUUUCUGCCUUGAUUGCUGUCGUCGAAAUGCUGAAACACAAAUCGGCCUCGAGAAAUAUGGACUGGAGUGCCUAUCCACAGAUGGUUGCGAAGCCGGCUUCUCAUACAGUGAGCGAAAGAAGUUCCUGGAUAAGAACCUGACAUCUGCGCUCGAUCGGAUUGAGCAGACGGCCAAUAUUCGUGAGGCCAUGCUACCAAAUUUGGCUCAAUGCCCAUUUUGCCAGUAUGCGGAAGAAUACCCUCCAGCUGAUAUCAACAAAGAAUUUCGGUGCCGAAAUGCCGAUUGCAUGAUCACAAGUUGCCGCCUUUGCAACUUCAAGACACACAUUCCCAAGACCUGUGAUGAGGCGACUCUCGAGAGGGGUGUAGAUGUGAGACGAGAAGUAGAGGAAGCCAUGUCUGAAGCUCUUAUUCGCAAUUGCAAUAAGUGUCAAACUCCUUUCAUCAAAGAGGCUGGCUGUAACAAGAUGACUUGCACACGCCAAGGUUGUAGGAACGUGCAGUGCUACGUCUGUUCCAAGUCUUGUGAUUAUAGGCAUUUCAAUGAUGAGUCCCGAGGCGGUACAAAGGGCAACUGUCCCUUGUUUGAUAGCGUCGAGGAGCGUCACGAGAACGAUAUAAAAGAAGCCGAAAAGGCAGCCAGAAAGAAGGUGUUGGAGGAAAAUCCUGACCUUGCCCCUGAUUUCCUCGACUUCCGCAUCUCUAAGAAAGUAAAGAAGGACGACAAUCGAAGGAAGCAUCGAGAACAACGGAUUCGAGAUCGUGGGCUUUUUGGUAUGCGGCCAGAAGGAAGGGCUAUCCUUGAUUUGAUGCAAGGGAUGCAACAAGAAAACCAACCACAGGACCUGAUGGUUCCACCACAACAGCAACAGCCACAACAGCAACCACAACCACAACCGCAGCCGCAGCAGGAUAUGCCGGAUGUACGAUUGAGACGUCACCUUAAGCAUGCGGCUGCUCAUCAUCAUGUCAAUGAUGGAGGGGCGAUUCCAGCACCCCCUGCAGCACCAUUUCCCGGCAAUUAUCAAGAUAUGCAGUGGAUGCCACAACCACAGCAAAUGCCACAACCACAGCAAAUGCCACAACCACAGCAAAUGCCACAACCACAGCAAAUGCAACAGCUACAGCAAAUGCAACAGCUACAGCAAAUGCAACAGCUACCACCAGAACAACAGCAGCUUUUGGCUAUGAAUCCUCUAGAUUGGGCUGCUUUUCACGCUGGUAUGCAUUACCAAUAUCGACCUUUCCAGCCCUUUGACAACCAAAACAAUAGACAGCAGUAA